UUAUUUUAAUUAUUCAGUUGAUAAAUAUAUACAUAUAUUAUUGCAUGUGUUCGGUGUAUUUUAUUACAUUGCCAUGCCGAUUUGGUAACAAGUAAUUAAUAAUUGUAAUAUAAUGUGUGUGAUAACUAUUACAAUAAGCUAAUAAUUAUUAUAUUAGUUAGUAUAUUUAUACAAUGAAGAUUUUCGGGACAGAACAAUCAAUUUUAAUUGCUCAGUAUUUUAUUCUUGUUAUUAAAUGGUAAAAUGGGUGCAAAUAUAUCGCAGCUAGAGAGAAAUAUUGGAGCUGAUCAAUUUCCACCCAAUGAACAUUAUUUUGGUCUUGUUAAUUUUGGAAAUACAUGCUACAGUAACUCAGUUUUGCAGGCCUUGUAUUUUUGCAGGCCAUUUAGGGAAAAAGUAUUAGAAUAUAAAGCAAGAAAUAAAAGAACCAAAGAAACAUUAUUGACAUGUUUAGCAGAUCUGUUUUACAGUAUUGCAACUCAGAAAAAGAAAGUCGGUUCAAUUGCGCCAAAAAAAUUUAUUGCUAGAUUGAGGAAAGAAAAAGAGGAGUUUGAUAAUUAUAUGCAACAAGAUGCUCAUGAAUUUUUAAAUUUUCUUAUCAACCACAUUAAUGAAAUUAUACUCGCGGAAAGAAAUCAAAGCAAAGCAGCUACUGGAAAAGGCGGAGCUGGUGAUGCUGGAACACCGCCAGAACCAACAUGGGUACACGAGAUAUUCCAAGGUAUCUUGACAUCAGAAACUCGUUGCCUUAACUGUGAGACUGUAUCAAGCAAGGAUGAAGAUUUUUUCGACCUACAAGUUGAUGUUGAUCAGAACACAUCCAUAACUUACUGCCUCAAGUGUUUUUCUAAUACUGAAACUCUUUGUAGUGAUAAUAAAUUCAAGUGUGAUCAUUGUAGUAGUUAUCAAGAAGCCCAAAAACGAAUGAGGUUGAAAAAAUUACCAAUGAUCCUCGCACUUCAUUUAAAGAGAUUCAAGUAUGUAGAGCAGUAUAAUCGACACAUUAAAGUAUCCCACAGAGUUGUGUUUCCAUUGGAGUUAAGGUUAUUUAAUACUAGCGACGAUGCUGUUAAUCCAGAUCGUCUUUAUGAUUUGGUUGCUGUUGUGAUACAUUGUGGAAGUGGGCCUAAUCGUGGACACUAUAUUUCUAUUGUUAAGAGUCAUGGUUUCUGGUUACUGUUUGAUGAUGACGCAGUUGAUAAAAUCGAUGCAUCGAAUAUAGCAGACUUCUAUGGACUGACGUCCGACAUCCACAAGACAUCAGAAACUGGAUACAUAUUAUUCUAUCAAUCACGGGACUGUAAUUAAUUUACUGUAAAUAAUUUAUUCACGGUAAAGUAUCAAUUUUAUUUUAUUAAAAUUGAUACCACUCGUACUACGUAAUUAAUGGUAUAGAAAA